CUGGUCCCGCCCGUUACACCCGCCUCCGGCCCGCGCCCCGCACGUUCCACCCGUUCCGGCCCCCCUUUGCUCCCUUCGUGGUCCGGUCGCUCGCUCGGGGGCCCGGGCUGAGACCCCCGCUUCACUGGGACCCCCGCCUUCGCUCAACUCUCUCUCGGGACCAUGACCUCUGAGGUGGCGCGGCACCUGCUCUAUCAGUCUCACAUGCCAACAAAAACAACUUGUCUGUCCUCACAAGUAUUUGAUGAUGAACAGAAACAAAAAAAAGAAAAUAUUCGUUCUUUAACUAUGUCUGGCCAUGUUGGUUUUGAGAGUUUGCCUGAUCAGCUGGUCAAUAGAUCCAUUCAGCAAGGCUUCUGUUUUAACAUUCUCUGUGUGGGGGAGACUGGCAUUGGAAAAUCAACGCUGAUUGACACAUUGUUUAAUACUAAUUUUGAAGACCAUGGAUCCUCACAUUUUUACCCACAUGUUAGACUUAAAGCCCAGACAUAUGAACUCCAUGAAAGUAAUGUUCGAUUGAAAUUGACCAUUGUGAAUACAGUAGGAUUUGGUGACCAAAUAAACAAAGAAGAGAGCUACCAACCGAUAGUUGACUACAUAGAUGCUCAGUUUGAGGCCUAUCUCCAAGAGGAGCUGAAGAUCAAGCGCUCUCUCUUUAACUACCACGAUUCUCGCAUCCACGUGUGCCUCUACUUCAUUUCCCCUACAGGUCACUCUCUGAAGACACUGGAUCUCUUAACAAUGAAGAGCCUUGACAGCAAGGUGAACAUUAUACCAGUGAUUGCCAAAGCAGAUGCAAUUUCUAAAGCUGAAUUACAGAAGUUUAAGAUCAAGCUCAUGAGUGAAUUGGUUAGCAACGGUGUUCAGAUAUAUCAGUUUCCAACAGACGAUGAAACUAUUGCUAAAAUCAAUGCUUCAAUGAAUGGACAUUUGCCAUUUGCUGUUGUAGGAAGUAUGGAUGAGGUAAAAGUUGGAAAUAAGAUGGUCAAAGCUCGCCAGUACCCUUGGGGUGUUGUUCAAGUGGAAAAUGAAAACCACUGUGACUUUGUAAAGCUCCGGGAAAUGCUCAUUUGUACAAACAUGGAAGAUCUGCGAGAACAGACGCACACUAGGCAUUAUGAACUUUACAGGCGUUGCAAACUGGAGGAAAUGGGCUUUACAGAUGUGAGCCCAGAGAAUAAGCCACUCAGUCUUCAAGAGACCUAUGAAGCCAAAAGACAUGAAUUUUAUGGUGAACGUCAGAGGAAGGAAGAAGAAAUGAAGCAGAUGUUUGUGCAGCGAGUAAAGGAGAAAGAAGCCAUAUUGAAAGAAGCUGAAAGAGAGCUGCAGGCCAAAUUUGAACACCUUAAAAGAGUUCACCAAGAAGAGAGAAUGAAGCUUGAAGAGAAGAGAAGACUCUUGGAAGAAGAAAUAAUUGCUUUCUCAAAAAAGAAAGCUACCUCAGAGAUAUACCAGAACCAGUCCUACAUGGCAUCGGGCAGCAACCUGAAGAAGGACAAGGACCGUAAGAACUCCAAUUUUAUGUAAAACAAAGGUUCCAGAUCACAGAAGGUCAUCACAAGCAAAAAUUAUUAAAAUGUUAGAAGUAUGCUUUGAUUUUCUUGCUGUUUUUAUUUGCUGUAUCAUUUAUUCUAUAUCUGGCAAAUGGCUGUAGUUACCGCCAUUUAUGGAAAAAUAUUUUUAAGUAUAAGGUUAAUACAUAAACCACAGUGGGUGAUAUCACUUUUAUAUUCACUGUUGUUAGAAGUUUUCAAGUUGCUGGUUUGUGAUGAAUCUAAAUCAUUUCUCCUGCUGCCCAGUUAUUGUCACUUACGUGCAUUGUACCACAGAGCAAAGUGUCAGUGCCAUUGAAAAUACAGAAGUCAUUCAUUAUAUGGCUAUCUGAUUGCAUUUAUAUUCCAAGAUGAACUCCUUUUUUGUACAUACUAAAGGUAAAUUUUGGGAAAUAUGUUUUAAAAUGUAUUAUGUACCUGAAGCUCUAACCUCUUUAAUAGUUUCAUAGAACUUUUAAUUUUUGAUACCAUUAUCCAAUUGGUAACAUGAUCCUAAGCUUUUGUAUCAAAUUAUGUAACAUGGCCUUCCACAAUUCAGUGUGCCUUAUUGUGGUUGAUGUAUUGUUGUGAUGAAACAAGGUGUGUGUAAAAGUAAAAACAUCUAGGUAUAAAUCCAUUUUCUAAUGAUGAGUACCUUUGAACCUGGGGUAUUGCCACUCUAUUUCAUUAGAAUGUUUUACAUACUUGUUUAAAACUCUGUUUUCCAGGGGAAAAAUCAUAAGGUAGAAUCAUCUUAUUAAAAAUAUUUCUUAAAAAAAUAACUGUGAGCAACUGCAUAUUAAAGAUGAAAAUU